UUUGAAAAUCAAACCUAAAAGAGACACGUGGAAGCUGACACUUCUAUAUAUUCCAAACUUCACCUCUAAAAAACGAAGAAAUCUCUUAAAAAUCCAAACCCCUGCUAUUUCAUUUCCACUUCACUAGAUCUCUAUCUUCUUCUCACAUUCCCGAUUCAAGAUUUUAGAAAUUGAAAAUGGUGUCUGAAGCAAGCAAGAAAAAGGCCGCCCAGAAGAAGGCAGCCGCCGCCGCUAAGAGAGGAGGCAAGGCAGCUGCCGUUGUUGCUUCAUCCAAAACGGUUGACAGUGUUGCCAACGGAAUUGGGGAUAUUCAUAUAUCUGAUCGGACAUGCACCGGCGUUCUCUGUUCUCAUCCCCUUUCCAGAGAUAUCAGGCAUGGGUGCCCGCUUGUAUUUGAACACCUAGCUGAGCAGUUGGGCCGGUAGCAAUGACAUUCUACCAUGUAGCCCAGAUCAAAAUCUCGAUUCUCCUUUGUGAAUGUAGUACCUACUAUGAAUCCUUCAGAGAUAGAAUCUCUAUCAGUUACUUUCCACUGACAUGAUCUUAUAGUUGAUUCUGAAUUGGAGCUAAAUUAUGGAAGGCGAUAUGGUUUGCUUGGAUUAAAUGGUUGUGGAAAAUCUACCCUACUCACAGCUAUAGGGUUACGUGAACUUCCUAUUCCUGAGCACAUGGAUAUUUAUCACCUUAGCCGGGAAAUUGAAGCCUCUGACAUGUCUGCAUUGGACGCUGUCAUUAGCUGUGACGAGGAAAGGUUGAGAUUGGAGAAAGAAGCUGAAAUCCUGGGUGCACAAGAUGAUGGCGGUGGUGAAGCACUUGAACGAGUUUAUGAGCGACUGGAAGCUAUGGAUGCAUCAACUGCAGAAAAGCGUGCAGCUGAAAUUUUAUUUGGUCUUGGUUUCAACAAGCAGAUGCAGGCAAAGAAGACACGUGAUUUUUCUGGUGGAUGGAGAAUGAGGAUUGCUUUAGCACGAGCCCUAUUUAUGAACCCAACCAUUCUUCUUCUUGAUGAACCGACCAAUCACCUUGAUUUGGAAGCAUGUGUGUGGCUGGAGGAGAAUUUGAAGAAGUUUGACCGUAUUCUGGUUGUGAUUUCACACUCCCAGGAUUUCCUUAAUGGAGUCUGCACAAAUAUCAUCCACAUGCAAAGCAAAAAACUGAAGUUCUAUACUGGUAAUUAUGAUCAAUAUGUUCAGACUCGUGCUGAACUGGAAGAGAAUCAGAUGAAGCAGUAUAGAUGGGAGCAGGAGCAGAUCGCCUCAAUGAAGGAAUACAUUGCUCGAUUUGGCCAUGGAUCAGCAAAACUAGCUCGCCAAGCUCAGAGUAAAGAGAAGACUCUUGCAAAAAUGCAGCGUGGUGGACUUACAGAGAAGGUGGUAAGAGACAAAAUUUUAGUUUUCCGUUUCGUUGAUGUGGGUAAACUUCCCCCACCUGUUCUCCAGUUUGUGGAGGUGACAUUUGGUUACACUCCUGAUAAUCUCAUCUACAAGAACAUUGACUUUGGGGUUGACCUAGACUCCAGAAUUGCUUUGGUUGGACCCAAUGGAGCUGGAAAGAGCACAUUCCUAAAGCUCAUAACUGGUGAUUUGGUUCCCUUAGAUGGCAUGGUUCGUCGCCAUAACCACCUUCGCAUCGCACAAUUUCACCAGCACUUGACUGAAAAGCUAGACCUGGAACUGUCUGGUCUCCAAUUUAUGAUUAAAGAAUACCCUGGAAAUGAAGAAGAGAGGAUGAGAGCAGCUAUUGGGAAAUUCGGAUUGUCGGGUAAAGCACAGGUGAUGCCAAUGAGAAAUUUAUCCGACGGACAGAGGAGUCGUGUGAUCUUUGCGUGGUUAGCCUAUAGACAACCUCACUUGCUUCUCUUAGACGAGCCAACCAAUCAUUUAGAUAUCGAGACAAUCGACUCUUUAGCAGAGGCAUUGAAUGAAUGGGAUGGUGGCUUGGUACUUGUUAGUCAUGAUUUUAGGCUCAUAAAUCAGGUGGCUCAUGAGAUAUGGGUCUGUGCUGAUCAAACUGUGACCAGAUGGGAAGGUGACAUUAUGGAUUUCAAGCAGCAUCUAAAGGCAAAAGCAGGUUUAGCUGACUGAAAAAAUAGUGUUUGUGAUAUACAAACUUAUAAAGUGAAUUCACAUCUGAAGUAUGUUAGUGUUUAAAUAUCUGUGUAAUAUUGUAACACUACUUUUUUUCUCUGGCUCCAUCUGAAUGUUUUGAAGCUUCAAAUUAACUAAAAUCAUCUCUACUACUAUACAAUUGCCAAGUUCA